UACAAAAGAUCCCUCGCCUACUCCUAAAAAGUAUUUAGUGCAUUGGAAGGGAGCGCACCCUCUGCCAGAGCCCAUAUUCAAAGUGAUACUAAAGUGCCUGUUGUGCUCAGGGCUCCUGGCCCUAUGAUGAGUCACUGGGAGGUCAUUAAUGACUAUAAUGUUUCUCUCCCAGGAGAGGAAAUGCAAAGCAGACAGGACGUUAAAGGAGAGAUGAGCAGUAAGAUGUUAGUAAAAACUGUUACUGUAGGAAAACCAGAACUUGUGAAGACUACAGAAGAAAACACUGGAAAUAAUCUCAGCCUUUCCUGUACGAAUGUUUUAAUCCCUGAUAUAACUGUCAUGGCUUCCACCAUGCAGGAUACAAAGCUAUCAUGUAAAGAAGUAAAAUGCACUGGUUUGACUUAUGGCAGCCUACAUGUUGAUGAAAAUACAAAUGAGGGAAUGGAUUUUUUGCUACUUGAGAACUCUGAAGAUGGAAAAUCUGAAGUGGAUGUUAAGCCUGGGGCAACUGAGAAACCAUUCAGUACUGGUCAGGAAGAGAAACCCCUAUGUAUGAAAUCUGCUUCUAAAUGCUCCAAUGCAGACAGCAUGCUGUCAAGCCAGUCUAAUAACAGUACAAAAAUAUCUCAACCGAUACAGAUAUCAAAUAAUGUGAUCUCAGAAGAAGGUUUUCAAGCAAAACCUAAAAAGGACACAAGUGAGCUGAAAUUUCAAACAGAUUUAUGUCAAGAGAGUCAAGCAGUCUCAAUAGUUGUGUCUACAAAAGACCUCACACCUGUGGAAAUUGAUUUAUCUGGCAUGGGGGAAGGGGGAGUUUCAUCUUCCAGUAUCCUAAGUGAUCCUAAACUACCUAUUAUGCUCAGUUCUGGCCCUAUGAUGAGUCAGUGGGAGGUCAGUAAUGACUGUAAGGUUUCUGUCUUAGAAGAGGAAACACAUUGCAACUAUAAUAAAAUUGGCAGUCUUGAGAAUGGAAAUGUUAUUGCAGCAGAAAUGAAAAAUAAGACUGUGAAAACUGAUACUGUAGAAAAACCUGAUGAACAUUCUGAAUCUGUGGAGAUAAAGAGAGAGAAAAGUGAAAAUGAUAAAAGCUCUUCCAAUAUAAAUAUUUUAAUUCAGGUUAGACUACCUGAUGAAGCAUCUUCUAAACAGGAUAUCAAGUUAGAUUCUACAGAAGUGAAUGGUUCUAACUUGGCACCAGAUAGCUUACAUAGUGAAGAAAAUUUUAAUAAGAUCACAUUUAGCCCAUCUGCUAACAGUACAGCUAUAUCUCAACAGACCCAGAAGACAAAUACAGUGAUCUUGGAGGAAUGCUUUCAAACUAGACCUGAAGAAAACAUGAGAAAGUUGCAAUAUCAAAAAGAUACAGUUCAUGACAGUGGAGCAGUGUCAGACAUUGCCACUGUCUCUACAAAAGACCAUGCACCACCAGAUUUGGCUGGAUCUGGCUUGAGGGAAGGAGAAGUUUUUUUUGCAGAAACACCUAAUGAGACUUCUGAACCUGCAAAGACAAAGAGAGAAAAAAAUGAAAAUGAUAACAACUCUUCCUGCAUGGAUCUGUUAACAACUGUCAUAGAUUCUUCUGUGCAGGAUACCAAAUUGGCACACAGAGAAGUGGAAGGUACAAAUUUGGCACCUGCUAGCCUAUGUAGUAAAGAAAAAGGAAAUCCAGGGAUUGAUUUUGUGGUUCAAGAUUACCCUGGAGUUGAAAAACUUGAAGAGGAUGGUCUAACAAGGAAGCCAGAAAGACAACUAAAUACUCAUCCAGAAAGGAAACAGAUUACAAAGGAUAUAACUGAAGCUGGGACAAUACAAGGCACUGAGCAAAAUAUUGAAACUUUGCUGCUCAUGCCACAACAAUGUUUUGAAAGCAAGCUUCCUGAUAAAUGUGAUGUUAUUUCUAAGCCAAAUGUUUCAACACCAGAAAAGGUAUGCGUUUCAUCUGAAUAUGUCAGCGCUGAAUCAGAGGACAGAAUGGCUAAUCUUCAGUCCUCACCAUCUGCCGAUACAAAAUCAAAUUCCUUGAUCGAGAUAGACACCUCUAUUGCUAAGGAAUACUGUGCAAUUGAAUGUUCUAUUGUGAUACCACAACGUUUGUGCCCCAAACCUGCUGUCUCUGAAAUGAACCCGGUACUAACUCAGGUGCCGAUAGAGGACACAGUUAGCUUCAAUAAAGAUAAUACAGUUGGAACAAAUAAAACGAAUAAAGAAGAUGCAGAAGUAAUUCAAGUUAUUAAGCAACCUGAAGAACCAAAGUGUGCAAAUGAUUUUAGUGCAUUCAAAAAACAAACCCUGGCGGAUAAACUAAAUCUCCCUGAAAAUACGUGUGAGCAAUCAAUCAGUAAUGUAAGAACCAUGGAGGGUGGACUGUCUGGAAAACAUAAAGAAGAACUGAACACAAAAAAGAAAACAACAGAUUCUGAUGAACUUCAAGAGAACAAUCAAAAUAUGGAGAACAAAUUACAAAAUGUACAAAUCACUGUUGAGCAGAAAUUCAUAAAAGAGGAUCAAAAGGAAAGUUCAGAAAAAAACCAGGACAAGAAAGAAGCAAAGCACCUACAUGAAACAGUACCAGGAACAUCUUUAUUGACUUGUCUUUCUGAGUCUGGCUUAAUUCUCACAGGGUUUGUAAAGGAAGUGCAGAACUGUGGUACGGAUUUGAUUGAAGCCACUCAACCAUCCACAGACCAGGACCUGGUACAAGUGACCUGCUGUGAAAGAGACCAGACACAACAUCAGACAGUAGUUAGUGAAUUGGAUUUGGCACCUGGUUUAAAUAUUAAGUCCCAGCCUACAGAGUUACAACAACCACAGGAAUGCAUUGAAGCUGCAGAAUUAAUGGAAAUUAGAGGUUUACAGAGGUAUGAUGAUGUUUUUAUAAAAGAACCCAAGGUUAGCUGUCCUAGUUAUGAAGUGCAGGCCAGUGGGAUUUUGGAAAAUAGAAUUGAAUUAGAGGACCUUUGUAGUAGCUCUGGGAAGCUAGAAAAGGUCACGUUGCUGAUUGAUCAUGACAAUAUCAUUACUGAGGGUGAUGUAUGUCUUGAUGAAAAGCAGAAUCAAAAUGAACCUAGUAUCAAACCAACAGGUUUUGAAGAUGUCUCUUCUUUAAUUAAAGUCUUAAAUGAAAAGAGUACAGAAGAUUGGAACCAAGCAAACCAGAUUAAGUUGGACUAUCAAGAAAAUGAAUUCUUGGGCAGUUCAGCAGUUGCCUUUGAAAAUAAAGAGCUCAACACAGAACUGAAGAAAUUUCCAGGGUCUGUCAUUCAGGCAUCAGAAGAAAAGGAGGGCAAACCACACACACUUCAUACAAGUGAAUCACAGGUCAGUGUGGAUAAACCAGAGGAAGUUCUUCCUGACCUCGGCAAAGCUGACAAACUUUCAAAUGAUUUAUCCAAGCCAUGUGAGGAAUUAAGCACCUCAUACCAUCAAUACAGAAUAGAGGAUCAGUGUUCCAGUGCGAUCACAUUUGACAAGACUGAGUGUACCGAGGUGUGCACUAGUGUUCUGGUUGAGGCUAUACAGCCAUCCAGUUAUAAAACUCCUAUUGAGAAAAUGGACAGUGAGACUGUUGCUGGUGUCUUCCAAGACAAGGAUAAUGUUGGGACAAAUGAAGCUCAAAUUCACAAAAUAGAACUCCCUUCUACACCCCUUCAAGCUGAGUCAACAGUUUUAGAGAUGGAGCAACAUAUUGAGGCAUCUUUGAAUCUCAAACAUUUACAAAACAAAGAGUGUCAGGAUGCAAUGGAUCCUAAAGCACAUUAUGCUGAGUCACAGGGCCUCACAACAAGUGCUGGAACUGAAGAGGAGGCCAAAAAUAAGACGACACAAACAGCUAUUUCUGAAGAGGUCAAACAGAUGGCGCACAGGAAGGAAGAGAUAAGUGGAGGCAAUGAAGAUGGUAGAGAGAAUGAGACAGCAGAGGGCAGAAAACUCACAGAGAAGUCUGAAGGGCCUGAGACUAGGGCUGUAAAGUGUGAUCUUGAAGACAUAAAGGAAGGAAAUGAGAGAAAAUUGCCUGAACACAAAGAGGAGAACUCGCAUUCCUUCUUAGUCAAAACAGUGAGUGGUGACACUGAUGUCCUAAAAUCAAGUAUAAGUGAUGGAUUGCAGUCUGAACAAGAAAAAGUCUUAUCAUCAAGCCCCAGACUCACUGCUGUUGUCAUGGUGUCAUGCUUACAAGAAACUUCCCAGACAUUACUCGAUGCGAGUGCAGACUCUAAUUCUGAGGCUGCCAAUUCCUUUAUUCAGACUAUGCAUGAAACUGCUUCGACUGUAUUGAAAACAGAACAUGGCUCAAAAUGUGGAGAAUUGGACUUCAAUUUAUUCAGCAAUGUAGCUCAGAAGGAAAAGGUUAAUAGCAAUGAAAAUACUGAAAAAGAAUCAACAGAUGAAGAAAGGUCAGUUACUCUGAAGACUAGUGUAUUGUCAGAGGAGGAUGUUUCAGACAGCCCAGGUGCAGCUGUUAGUCCUGUAAUAGAACUGAAAACACUCAGCACAGAAGAAUCAUGUGAGAGUUCAGACUGGCUCAGAGCACUGAAAGAGGCUUCGAUAUCUCUUACUCAACAGAACUAUAAGCUUGAGACGCCUUGUGGAUCUGCAGAUAACAGACCUUUUGAGAAUCUUGACAAACCUCAGGCUGAACCAGAGUCUUAUUCCUUGACUAAAGACAGUGUAAUAAAGGAGCAGCCAGUGGAACCAGCAGAAAGCAGGCCACUGCUGUCAGAAUCAGCUGAUGGAAGUGAGUCUGUAUUUUCCUUCCCACCACCCCCAGAGGAGGACACACUGCCGCCUGCUCUUCCUGCUCACCUGUUCUGUGACAGCACUGAAUUUCCCACACCGCCACCCACACCCCCAGAGAGCGCUCCUCUAGAGCCUGAACCUGAAUUUGAACCUCGUGUUUCUACCUGUGAACCAGAUCAGUGCCCAAAUGCUGCAGUAGCCCUCAUACCUCAGCUUCUGCAUGACCAGCAGUUAAGCCCUCUAUCCAGGAGUUCAGACUCUGAUGGCACGUUUGAGACCCCUGAAUCCACAACCCCGGUGAAGACUGCAGCUCCCCCGAUUCCCUCGGUUGAGCAGCCAGAGCCUAUCACACAGCCCUUGACCUCCAUAGACACCGACUCCUGUCCUUUGCCUGUAUCUACAGUAGAAGAUUGCGCUAGUGAGGUGCUACAUUCUUCUUCUUUUCAUUCUCCCAGUCGCUCUGAUUCCACUUUCUUUGAUGAAGACAAGCCAAUAGCGAGCAGUGGCACCUACAACCUCGACCACGUCCUUAAGUCUGAGCCCUUCUCGCCACCAGCAUUUGAUUCGGCUUCAUCAGGGCUAGAGAGUCACCCCCUCACCCGCUCACUCAGCUUCCAGUCUGGGGAGAUAGACAGCUCUUUCCUUGGUGACAGGCCUACAGGAGAAGCCUCUAACAGAUCUACUUAUUCUCGUUCGGAGUCUUUUAGCAUCGGUACAGAAAGUGCCCCUGGGACUUUGCGGCGGGUCAAAAAGCCUCGACCAGGCUCCUUAAAGAAAAAGCCUCUUUCCAGGCAGAACUCAAACCCUGAGAGUGCCACAUCAAUAACUGUUCCAUCCAGCAGUGCCCCAGAGGUAAAAAAGAAAGGGAAACUUGCAGAAAGUCCUCCUCCACCACAAGAGGAGAAAAAGUGUCCCCCGUCCUCUCCCAGCCCCAGCCCAAGCCCUACUGGCACCCUUAGGCGCACCAGAAUCAAGUCUCGUGUAGAGUCUCCUCCACCUGUACUGGAGGAAAUUGGCCCUGCUCAAGCACCAGUGGCUGCAAAAGUGCAGGAAGACGUUUUGCCAGUUCCUGAGGAGGUCUCCCCCGUCCCUCCCAGUGCCGCUUACAAAUGGGACCCAGAUAAUUUUGAAAACAUUGACCCCUUUUCUACAGGUGGCAGUAAGCUUGCCAACUCCCCUGUUUUAGGUAGGAAAACUGACUUUAUUCCUGCCCCUGACCCCUCACCUAUUCUUACAGAGGAGCCCCCUGCUGCUUCAGCACCUCCCUCAGAUAAAACACUCAGUAUUGCGGAUCAGCCAAUCACCAAGCGGCAGCCUGUCAGACUGGAGUUUGAUUACUCAGAGGAGAGUGGAGAUACGCUACAGGACAGUCCUCUGCCUCCCAAAAAGCUGGGCAAGAAGCAAGGGGCCAAGAUGCCUCUUAGAAAACCAAAGCUGGGGAUUAAGAAAGCCCCACCACAAACUGAGCAAAUAGACAACACACCUGCUGCAGUCCAUUUAAAUGACAAUGAUGACAUUCCCAUUCCCAAAGCAACCUACAACUUUGAGCCUAGCAAAUGGGAUGACCAUAAUUUUAACCCUUUUUCUUCAGGGAAAGGCAUUCCUAACUCCCCUCCUCAGUCCAGGGCAAGCUACAGUUUUGAUCCAGACUCGUUUGAUGACUCAACUGACCCCUUUAAAUCUUCUACCAAGAUGGAAAAUUCACUUCCAAAAGCGGCAACUUUCGAAGUGUCCAGCAAUGACAAUGAAAAUGACAAUGAAAAUAUUGAUGAACUUGAGGACCGGAAUCAGAAUAAACCAGCCAAAAACAAGAAAAAGCCCCUUAAAUCGAACACAUUUAGAGUGAAGAAGUCACCAAAGAGGUCACCUCUGUCUGAACAGGUUGUACAGGACUCCUCUGGUGAUGCAAUGCCUGACCACCUUCAGGACCAUGCCACAGAUGAAGAGAAACUGGCCUCCUCUACGAAUCAGAAAUGGGCAGCACGGCAUGAAAUGCAAGUGGAGUUGACGUCUGACAUCCAGGACUUUCCUCAGCCCUCUGACCUCACUGCCUUUGUCAAUGAGAGCAGCUUACCAGCACAGAGCCAGGACUAUGAGAUUGAAUACAUGGAGAAGAUUGGAACCUCCACCCCACCUUUGUCAUUAAAAAAACCGUCCCUCUACCUAAAUCUGGAUUCAGUAUCAGACAGUACAAACCGGAUAACCAGUCUGCAGCACUCCGGACCCAACUCCCCCUGUACCGGGAGUUUUGAGGAAAUGGAGGCUAAAAUCUCAAUGGAAGGAAAACCGCCUGUGCUCUCAUCUUGUGGAGCCCCUGAGCUCAUAACACUGGAGAAAAACAAAAAGAGGGAAGUCCAUUCCCAGAAGCGGACACAGAGCUGUGAGAAAGAUGGAAUGUCCCCCCCUCAAGGCCCCGUGGAUCCUGCAGAUCUGUCCCUAUUAGACAGGCUGAGUGAAUCAGCCACCCCUCUCAGCUACCUGGAACCUGACCUGGCAGAGACCAACCCCACUGCCUUCGCCCACAAACUGCAGGAAGAGCUAGUCCUCGCCGCUCUGAGGAUUGAGGCUCUGCAGGUAGCCCAAAACAUCUCUCAGAGCCCUUCUCUAUCCACUGUUUCCCCUCAGGAGAGAGAGCAGGCCUCCCCUGAAGACAGCGGUGUGUCCAAAAGCUCCCUAUACUCCCGGACAGGGUACAGUGAAGCUGAAAGCCCUUAUCUUCCCCAAGAUAUGGAUCAUUCUCUAGGCAUAGCGAGAGAAGAGAUUGUUGCCAAAGAAAAAGAAGUGCUGGAUUGGAAGAGGAAGUAUGAGGAAAGUCGACAAGAGCUGGAAGAAAUGAAGAGAAUAGUUACAGAGUAUGAGAAGACCAUUGCACAAAUGAUUGAGGAUGAGCAGAGGGAGAAAUCUUUGUCCCAUCACACCAUCCAGCAGCUUAUUCUAGAAAAGGACCAGGCGCUGGCUGAUCUCAACUCGGUGGAGAAGUCUCUUGCUGAUCUGUUCCGCCGUUAUGAGAAAAUGAAAGAUGUUCUUGAAGGUUUUCGUAAGAAUGAGGAUGUGCUGAAGAAAUGUGCACAGGAGUAUCUGUCUCGAGUGCGCAAGGAGGAGCAGCGCUAUCAGGCCCUGAAAAUCCACGCUGAGGAGAAACUGGAUAAGGCGAAUGCAGAAAUCGCGCAAGUGCGUGUGAAAGCUAAGCAGGAACAGGCAGCAUAUCAAGCCAGUCUAAGGAAAGAACAGAUGAAGGUGGAUUCACUAGAGCGCACAUUGGAUCAGAAGAACAAAGAGAUUGAAGAAUUGACCAAGAUCUGUGAUGAGCUGAUUGCUAAAAUGGGAAAGAGCUAGCUGACUGUCAUAUGAUCCAUGUCCACAUAGGACAGUAUAUGAACUGAAAGGGAGUUGUAAAAAAUACAUUGUGCUGAUGUUGUUUUAUUGACUGCUGGACAGAACCACAGACUGUCCCCAAAAUCUUAAACACUACUGACAUUCUGCAAGAAGUGUGGCUCCUGUUGACUAGGUGAACACUCUGGUCACUCGAUCAUGCCACUGUAACUACCAACAAAGCAUUUUGAUGUUUUAAUGUACACCAAUUUACCUGUAAUAGGGGUCUUGUGGAUAUUUUUGAGAUGUAUUCCCCAUCAGUACAGAACUUUUAUGAGAGUGUGUGUAUGUCUGAGAGAAAGAGAGCGAGAGAGAGUGAGGAUGAGUUUAAUUGCUAUGAUGCCAUGACAGCCACUGAUGGAGCUGACUGUUAAGUUAAUUUCUGUGGUAACCUCUUUAAACUUGAACUUGCAAGUGAGAAGAAAGACAUGUCUAUAUAUAUGAUUAUGAAAUGAUUCUAAAUAUGCAUGUGUUCAUUUCUUUUUUUGUGAAUAUGAGCUAAAUAUAGCAUAGGAACACAAAUGCAGGUUUUGAUACUGUUUAAUCUGCUUCCUCAUGUAUCUUUGUAGAUACUUCCCUAGUUUUGUUGCCUCUUCACAAAUCGAUGUGCAAUUGUAUUUUUGGGGGAUUUUAUUUUAAUAAGUUACUAAGUAUAAUGUCUGCUGUCUCUGGUACUUAAAUAGCUAAAUUAAUUUGAAUAGGAUUGUCUAGGUCCUGCUUUGGUUGAUGUAGAGGUUUCCCUAAAGAGGAGACCUACUCAGCUACACAGCACCUGCUUACAAAGUGCAAUAAAAGAUGGCAAUAAA